AGUUGGAAGGUCUCCAAAGCAGAUAUUCAAUGAACGGGACUGUCUGUUUGGGAAUGUUUGUCAUUUAUGUGUUAUUUUUAUAUGGGACUGGAGUAGUUUGUUCCAAUUUAUGUCCAAGACAGUGUUUGCCGGGAUCCUGUUGCGAAGUUGAAGAAAAUGAUUUCAGAUGCUGUCCUUAUGCUAAUGGUGUAUGUUGUAGUGAUGGGAAAAACUGCUGUCCUCAAGGGACAAAGUGUGAUUUGGAACUCGGUCAUUGUCGUUCUCCUAAUGGGACUGUGUUACUCUCCAAAUAUAUAUCAGAGAAAGUAAUUGGUGACUUAAAAACCAGUACUUUGGAUAUGGUGCUUAGGAGACUAUCUACAAACUACAUUAUGUGUCCUGACCGCCAGUCAGUGUGCCAGGAUAACACUACAUGUUGCCCAAUGUCAGGUGAGAUAUGGGGUUGUUGCCAACAUGCCAAUGCUAUUUGCUGUCCAGAUGGAGAACAUUGUUGCCCUCAUGGUUCAGUCUGCGAUAUGGUGCAUCGCUCAUGUAAACCAGCUAAGUCCAAUGAAAUCCCAGAGACAAAAGAAUCUUCUCACACCUUACACCUCGUAUCAGCAUCAGCUCCUGCACGUCUCAACCCAUCUAAAGCAGACUGGGGAAAAAAGAUUCAUAAACUGUCAGCCAAGUAUUUACUAGCUUAUUCUGGUGUCGUAUGUCCAGAUCCAUUAUAUGAAUGCCCAGCUAAUACAACUUGUUGUCCUAGUCCAGAUGAAACAUGGGCAUGUUGCCCUAUUCCCCAAGCUGUAUGUUGCAGUGAUGGAGAACACUGUUGUCCUGAUGGUUAUGUAUGUGAUUUAUCUGUUGGAGAGUGUAUAAAUCGUUCUAAAUCAUCAAAUGAAUUGAAAAAGUUUUUACCAAACAUUAAUUUAUCAUCAUUACCAACAAAAAUUGGAUAUAAUAAUCGUUGUCCUAACAGUGAUGUUUAUUGUGAAGAUAAUUCAACUUGUUGUGAACAUGAUAAGGAAUGGGGUUGUUGCUUGUUCUCAAAUGCAGUCUGUUGCUCCGAUGGUAUUCAUUGUUGUCCAGCAAAUACAAUUUGUGAUUUAAAGGCAGAAAUGUGUAUUGGUGAAUCAGGUGAUAUUCUCACUAAACUACAAUUGAAAUCUAAACCUAAAUCUAUUUCAUUCAAAUAUAAUUCACGUAUUAGUAUUUGCUCUGAUAUGAAAUCAGUUUGUAUUAAUGGUACAUGUUGUUCCAAUGUAAAUGAUCAAUUAUCAACACUUUGUUGUCCUUAUGAAAAUGCCGUUUGUUGCAACGAUGGUGAACAUUGUUGCCCAAAGGGUACAACAUGCGAUAUGGUCAAUGGUGGUUGUAUUAUUUCACAAGAAAAUUUAUCAAAAUCUAAUUCUGUUCCAUUGCUUACCAAGAUCUCAGCUUUACAUGUUACUUCCAAAAAUAACACACAGUCUACUGUUUUCACACAAGUUUGUCCUGGUGGUAAAGCGAAAUGUCCAGAUAGUGCAACAUGUUGUAAAUUAUCUAGUGGGGAAUAUGCAUGUUGUCCAAUCCCAAAUGCUAUUUGUUGUACAGAUGAUAUUCAUUGCUGUCCAUCAGGAACUUCAUGUGACUACAAAACUCUAUCAUGUGUGAAAACUGACAAUGUUCAUUCAAUUAGAAGCCCAACAGCUAAUGAAUUAUUACGUAAUCCUGGAUUGUUGUUUACUGGAGUACGUGAUCAUGUUUGCCCUGGUCAUCAAUCUACAUGUGCUGAUGAUCAAACUUGUUGUCCAUUGCCUGAUAAAUCAUGGGGUUGUUGUCCACUGAAAAAUGGUGUUUGUUGUGGUGAUCAUCUUCACUGUUGUCCAGCUGGUUCAAUUUGUGAUUUGGAUACAAAACAGUGCAUUUUACAAAUUGAAUACAAUCAAUCUACCACAAAAAUAGUUUAUGAUGGGUUUACUAUGCACAAAGCUAAUCAAAAGUUAUCAAAUAGUUUAUAUUCACAACCAGUAAAAUCUAUUAGUACUAUUGAUACUUAUGUACAAGCAAAAUGGUGUGGAGCAUGCGGUGACACUUGGGCUUGUUGUCCAGAUGUUACUUUUACUUCAUGGUCAUGUUGUCCUUAUGUGGGCGUAAGUUACGAUGAUAAUUUUAAUUGGAUUAUUAUGUUAUAUUGAUAGGUCUUGCUUCCGAAACGCUUAAACUGUCUUCCUAGUUAGUUCCGAUAACUUAAAAUUACUUCUACACAUCAACUGGAAUACUAGGGUGAGAAGACGCGAAUUGCGAAUAAAAGCUUUACUUCAAGGUUAGUUUAUGCUAUCGACCAAGUUGCAAUACAGCCACUAGUCUAGGUGACUCGACAUUUCGUGCACUCUGUUGAGAUAAGAUGGUGGUUGGAGGUAGUCAAUAGGAAACCCUGGGCCUAGGUUUCAUGCUGUUUGGCACUCGUCAGCAUGGUUUACCUAUAAUCUUGAGGGAACUGGUACUCCCUGACAGAUUCGAUCCCGUACCACCCAGCUUCACAGUCAGAGACGUUAACCCGAAUUAUUUUCAUCUUUAAUGGAUUUUGAUGAAUAAUUAAUUAAUAUCAGUUCACUGUCUAUAAAAUAUCUAAAUUAUCAAUGUGUUAUACAUUUUUUAAACUCAAUUAUUUACUACUUAAUUGGUUUGUGUAGACUGUAGGAAUUUCUAUUUUAUUUUUAAUUUAGGGAGAAUGUUGUAUUGGACAAAAUACUUGUUGUCCUCCUGGAUCACGUUGUUUAAAUAAUGGGAAAUGUGAAAAGAUCCAAAAGAAUAUCUUCAAAUCAUCAGCAUCUGCUUUAAUACCAUCUAUUUCAAUGAAUAACAAUGUACAAAGACCACAUUUCAUUAAACAAAAUAAUGAAAAAGAAAACUUCCAGAUAGAAAUGUCCAACAGUGCUAAACCUGCUCAAAGGAAUAUCCUUCUUCUUGUUCGUCAUUAUCGACGUCUUAAACGACAAUUGCAUACAAUUUGUCCUGAUUCAUUACACUAUUGUGGUAAAUCUGAACAAUGUUGUCUUUCUAAUAAAUUUGGUUAUACUUGCACACCGAAUGAGUCCAUAUGUUGUGAAUCUAGUAUGAAUACUUAUUGUCCAAUAUCCAAGGAUUGUUCUCUAGACGGAAAAUUCUGUGUUGAUAAGCAUUAGUCUCACUAUCAUCAUAGUUAUUGAUGAUUGGAUGAUUAUCAUUCUGUGUUAUGUGUAUGUAUGUGUGUGUGUGUUUAUGGAUUACUACAAAUCUUGCCAUUAUUAUAAAUUUGGGUUUGUAACAUCUCUUAUCCAUGUUACUAUUUGUGAUUCUAUUCAAUAUAAAUUCAAUUUUCAUUAUAAUUACUGUUUAAUAUUUUUCUAUUGUUAAGAUAUUUUCAUCUCUUUAUUAAAUAAAUUUCAUUUUGUGUUAUUUAACAUUGAAUGUGUUCUUUUACACUUGAUCUGUAAUUGGUUUUAUACUACAAUGUAACAGAGAUAAGUGAAGUUGAUUUCAUAUGUGAAUUUACAUUCAGUUGACUAGUCUCGGUUACUUACUUGUUUACGCCUGUUACUCCUCGUGGAGUAGCAUAGACUGCCCACCAGCACCUUCCAUUCAACCUUGUCCUGGGCAAUCCUUUCCAGUUGUUUAUUCAUCCUUUUCAUAUCUGUUUCUAUUUCUCGACAUAAUGUGUUUUUUGGCCUUCCUCUUUUCCGCCUCCAUUCAGGAUUCAAAAUUAGGGCUUGCCUCGUGAUGCAGUUUGAUGGUUCCCUCAGUGUAUGUCCUAUCUAGUUUCAUCGUCUUUUCCUAAUUUCCUCUUCAACCGCAAGCUGGUUUUUUCUUUGCCACAGUAGGCUGUUGUUGAUGGUAUCCGGCGAACGGAUAUUGAGUAUCUUGCGUAGACAACUGUUUAUAACUACUUGUACCUUCUUGAUGAUGGUUGGUGUGGUUCUCUAAGUCUCAACUCCGCGCAGUAGAACUGUGUUGACGUUCGUAUUGAAGAUUGAUUAUUCUCUAAAAUAUAAAAAAUUCAUAGAUUAUCAUUUUUUUUAGUUACUUGUUAGUUAUUUAUGUCUAUUAAUUCUAUUAAAACAUUCAACUACACAGUUGAAAUACACAUGAAACAGGCUUUAAAAUGAUAUGUAG